CAAACACACUCUGAUCAAUGUAUUCAUAGAAGUAACAAAGAGCACCUGACAUGAACGGACCCUAGAAAUCCGACUCGUCUAUAAAUUUCCGACCAAACACUCUCCAAUGACUAACACAGAACUCGCCGAAGAAGACGACAAUGGCUAUCAACAUCACCGUGAAGCAAUCGACGGUUGUGAAGCCAUCGGAGCCGACGCCAAAGACAAUCCUCGAGCUCUCCAACCUCGACUCCAUUAUGCCGCGCAUUAUGUACGCACGCGUACUCCUCUUCUACCGUCGUCCCGCCGCCGCCUCCGCGUUCCUCGACUCCGCCGUUCUCAAGUCCGCCCUCAGCCGCGCCCUCGUCCACUUCUACCCCUUCGCCGGCCGACUCACCGCCGACCAAAAUAACCACAUCCAAAUCGACUGCAACGGCGACGGCGCUCUGUUCGUCGAGGCGGACUCCGACGCCGAUCUGGAAGACCUCGGCGACUUCUCCCCGAGGUACGACGUGACGCUCAUCCCCGCCGUCGAUCAUUCCAAGCAAAUUUCAGAAAAGCCCCUUUUCCUCGUCCAGGUAACACGAUUCCGAUGCGGCGGCGCGUGCAUCGGCUUCGCGGAGGACCACCACGUCGCUGACGCAACCGCCUAUCUCAAAUUCAUCCACACCUGGGCGAAUUUUGCACGCGGCGAAUACACCACCGCCCACGCGCCGCCGUUCAUGGACCGCCGUGAAGCUUUAUCUCCCCGCCGGCCGCCGCGGCCGGCGUUUUCCCACGUGGAGUACCAACCGCCUCCGGCUUUGAAGAAACCCCAAAACGACGUCGCACCAGGUUCCGUUGCAUUUCCAAAAAUGUGCAAACUAACAAAGGAACAAAUAACCGCCCUGAAAGCCAAAUGCCAGGCCGAAAACGACGUCGUCAAGCUCACGACCUUUGAGGUCGUGGCGGGGCAUAUAUGGCGGAGCAUCACCGCCGCGCGGCGGCUGCCGUCCGAUCAGAGCACCAAGCUGCGGAUUCCAGUGAACGGAAGGCGGAGGAUGGAGCCGCCGCUGCCGGAGGGGUAUUUCGGGAACGUUCUCUUCCACGCCACGCCGAUCGCUCCGGCGGGAGAGCUUGUGGAGAAAUCCGUCGGAUUCGCCGCCGGGAAGGUGCACGAGGCCAUGGCGGCGAUGCGGAGCGAGCGGCUGCAGUCGGCGCUGGACUAUUUGGAGAUGGAGAAAGAUCGGUGGGACGCCAUUGGAGAGAAUUUGAUGAACUACGAUUCGCCGAAUGUGUCGAUUGUGAGUUGGAUGUGGAUGCCUCUAUACAAUCUGGAUUUCGGAUUCGGGCGGCCGUGUUUUGUGGCGCCGGGAUAUGGGAAGGGAAUUGAUAUCCCGGCGGGGUCGAGCAUGGUUUGUCCGGCGGCGGAGGACGACGGUGGACAGGUGGUUUUCACGGUGGCGGGGGAUGAAGGAGAAGGUGACCUGUUUGAAAAUGUCUUUUAUGAUUUUUAA